UGGGACGGCGGCAUCUUCCACGCGGGCGUCGAGCUCGCGGGCGUCGAGUACAGCUACGGCUACUGCGACCGGGGGACGGGCGUCUUCACAAACGACCCCCUCGACGCCUACGGCGCGUCGCACCGGAGCCGCGUGCCCAUGGGCCGCUGCGGCCUCGACGCGCGCGCCAUCGAGCGGCGGCUCGCGCGGCUCGUCGCGCUCUGGCAGGGCAACACGUACGCGCUGCUCACGCGGAACUGCUGCCACUUCUGCGACGCGCUCUGCGCGGAGCUGGGCGUGGGCCCCAUCCCCGCCUGGGUCAACGGCCUGGCGCGG